AUGCACAUCUGGGCAGGCUCUGGCUCUUCCUCCAAUGGUAAAGAAACCAUUAGGAGGAGAGCGCGGACUCCUCAAAAAACUAUUAGAGGUCUUAAGAAAAGAAAGAGUAGUGCGAGUAUUGGAUCGGGAAUGGAUGGCUCAUGUUCCAAUGGGGAGGUUGGAAAUCCGAGUCUGAGUCCAGGUCCAAGUCCUAGAAAAGAUUCGGGAAUAGAUUGUGUAAUGGCAUUUGAAGCAGAGUCCGGAGACUCGAUCCAUACUUAUGAUGUUGAGGAAGAUAUGGUCAAGCCUUUGAAUGUCGGAUCACUUGAUAGUGAUUCUGGGAGGUUGGAUACGAUUGGGAGGAUUGAAGAUGGUUUGAAGAAGUUGCGGGAUAGGAAGUUAGAUAAGGAUCUUCACGAUGAGGUGCAAGUUUUAUCAACCUCAAGAAAGUCAAAAGGGAGAGGUGUUCCCUUGAAGGAAUUGGAUCAUGCAAAGGAAAAUGGUGCAGAUGACUUUUCUUCAUCUUUGAGUGGACUCAGUCGUAUGAUGGGGAGUAAUAAGAGAAUUUUCGGGGCGAGUAGGGGGAGGGAGGAGAGGCAAGCUGCUACCACAAUCAAGGAUCCGGAUGGUAAUGUGCUCAAUACCAAAAGUUCGCUCUGCACCAAGCAAAUGAUUUCAAAGGAAAUACCACAAUCUGACACCACUGAAAUGAUACAAGAUAAUCCCCAGCACCCGACACUCAUCAGAGGCAAAAAUGGCCCGGAGAAAUUCUUCAGUACUAAGGAAGUCCCAGGAUAUGGAAGACCAAACGAAUAUCGAUGCCCUGGUGUUGCACAAGGGAAUUUACCAAUCUUAUCCACUGCAGGCCAUAGUAAAACGAGCAGCUCUGAGAGCGAAAAUGAUAUGGAAAGAAUUUUCAGCGAGAAGCAUGAGCAGAUUUCGGAACCUGAAAGUACAGAUGGACAGCUUAGUUGCGAGGAUUCUGUUUCGGUUAUCGAAUCGGUUUCUGAUUCUGAGAGAGGAGAUAAGGCGGAAGGAAUCUUUAGUGUGAGAUGUGAAGAUGUUUUUGGACCGGAAAUUACGGAUGAACAUGUUGGGGAUGAAUGCUCAACUCCUGAUAUUAAAUCUUUUCACGCCUCUGAGGGUGGAAAUGAGUCUGAGAGAGCCUUUAGCAUGAGCUGUGAAAAGGUUCCGGAAGUCAAUAUGGAUGGACAUCUGAGAGAUGAAUGUUCCACCAUUCAUUUCAAAUCUUUCCACAACGCUCUGGACAUAUCACAAGAGAAAGUUCAUCGCAACGCAAGUAUCAUAGGUUUUUCUCUCAGAGUACCUGAAUUAGUCCGCGAAGCUAGACAAACUCUCUUUACGUCAGCUCAUUCCCACAAAACCGAUGUUCAAUCACCUAGCCAGGAGAGUAUGGGAGAGAUCACUUCACUUAGAGAGAUCGAGUUUUGUGCUAGUGGGCUUAGAAAUCGUAGUGCGGGUGGUGAUGAAAACAGCAAUCUGGAGCCAAAUAUAGAUGAUUCGCCUCAGAUAAUGCAUGGACGUGCGAUUGCCAGUGUGGAAGGAUUUCCAGGUAAUCUUGGAAGUUCGAUGUCUUUGUCUGUGAUGGAUUCUUUCGUUACUGGAGAUGUGGUUGAGUCAUCUGUAGAUGUAAAUGUGGAUGGUGAGGUUAACGCAACUGCUAAUGAUGACGGAAGAAUUUCGCACUUCCGGGGAAGUACUGCAUCAUCAUUGGAAUAUCCACUUCGAAAAUUUAAAUCACAUUCUCCUAGGACUGAAAAUAAUGAGGAUAGCCCAGGUUUUAAGGACACUCGUCAAGACUCGGUUGAGCGUGACAUCAAGAAUUCGGAGGCCUUUUCUCCUGUCCAUCAGGACAUCCUAACUUCGAUGACACCUAAGCAUUCCAUUCACUAUUCUCUCAGAGGAAAACCUGAUAAAUUCCGUGAGAGUCACUAUGGAACUUUGCUCAAACCCAUUUUUUGGACAUCUCAUGAAGAUGGCAGGAAUUUGUCACAGGAAGGCGUUCCAACGGAGAGAAAACCUUCUCGAUAUCCUGGAAAAAAGAGAGCUUUUUCCCAGCCAAGUGGGCCUUGCCCUGUGUCUAGGUCAGAACAGAAUUUUUACAGCUCGAUUGAAUCGGAUUGUGCUAAGAAUUUUGAUGGACAUGGCUCCGAGGAAUGGUUGCUGGGUAGUGAGGGGUGUAGUGAGAGUCAAGAGGAAAUGCAAAAGUUCUGUAUGAAAAACCCUCAGGGGGUGGUCGUUAAUAAUUGGAAUGUGAGAGAGGAGAUGGAUUUGAAUACGAAAGGUGAGAAUGAUGAAGAUGGACGACAAGGACAGAGCGGGGGGAAUUUAUGUCGACCUACGGGUAUGUCAGAGGGUAGAUUUGGGGAAGGUGAGUUUUCUGACUGGUAUCUUGAUGUUUGAUGAUGUUGACAAAUGAUAGCACCCACAACUAUCUGUCACUCAAUUCCUCAAAUAGAUGGUCAGAAUUCGCCUCCAUUGCUAGCAGUCGACUCUCUAGUUGAACCUACUCGAUCUCCUUCUCCUCGUAAGAGACUUCAAAAAGUUAAUCGAUCGAAGUCGCCUAGUUCGGCCAAUAAAUCUUCGAGUUCUUCCUUGGGGAAAAUCUUCCAGAAUUCAAGAAUUGAGGGAAUGGAAGGGGAGAUUAGGGAUUUGAGGAUGGAGGUUGGAGAGUUGAAGAGAAUGAUUGAUGAUUUGGACAGGGAGUUGAAGGAGGUGAGGGUUAGGGAGGAGAGUGGCUGUGAGAAGGUGGAGUAUUUGGGAAAUCAGAUGGAAGAGGUUUGGGGUACGCUUUAUGGCAAGGGUUGGGAGGAUUGGUGGUUAGGGAUGUGGGAUUGUUGAGAGUUUUGGGGAGGAUGAAGAGGGAUGGAUGUGAUAAUAACAGGAGAGAUGCGAGUGAUGACCUCUUGAAGAGAAAGGAUGUCGAAUUUUACGAGGUGGGAUUGACGAUACCGACCUCAUCGAAAUCAGAGUCCAAGAGUAAGAUCGCUAUGAAUGAUGAUGGGAAUGAAUUCGAGAAUGAAGAAUUCAUGAGCUUAGAUACGCCUAUUUCUCUCGAACAACAACCAAGUAAGAAGUUUGCUAUUGAUGGAUAUAUGAAAACAACGGAAGAUAGGAUUAUUAAAAAGCUUUUGGAACUUGAAAGUCAUCUUGCAGAUGAUAGACGUACACCGGAUGAAGAGAUGGGGAGAUUGGAGAGGGGGAUAGGGAGUCCGCAGAGUGAGAUAAAGGUGGUGGGGGCUGGAGGGAUGAGCUGCGAGGAUAGGAGUAGGAAGGAGGGAGAGGGUGAUUUUGGGAAGAUGAGGAAGGAAGAUGGGAAUGAAAGCAGUUCUUGGAGAGUUACCGAGGAUAAGGAUAGCAGGGAGGACAAUGGUGAUGAACUGGCAUUGAAAAAGGUGCUGGACAGUUGGUUAAGGAUAAAUCCGGAUUGGAAUCAGGAAAAGGUCUGA